AUGUGCGCCGAUGGAUCCACACAAUAUUCGUAUCGAGAAAGCAUAAAUGAUUUCAGUAAAAUAGAAGUAGCCGGAAAAGCGAUUAUGUCAUUGAACUGUGAAAGUCUUGGGCCAAGCGGUGCAAAUAUUUGCGUUUGUACACCAUCGAGGAUUUGUUAUCGCGGAAAUAAUACCGGAAUGUCGAUACUUUUAGCAUCCUAUUGCACAAAAGAUUUAAUUCCAUUAUGUGGCGUCUAUGGAAAAAUAUCGGGCAAUAAUGCAGAUGAUGCGUUAGUAAGCAACAAUCAUCCACCAAUAACAGUUGGUUCACAAUUCGCUGCUGGUUCGCUCAAGCCAAUACCAAAUGGUUUCAUUAAUAUUGCAUCUGUUUCAUGUGGAAAUUGCGCACCAGUAUUGUGUUGA